AUGAAUCACAAUCAUUCCAAUUAUCAGGUCUGCAUUGAUUUUAUUAAUGGCAUUCAUGGCUUAUUGAAGAGAACGUUCGGUCUACCAGUAAAUACCCUGGUUGAACCAAUUGCGUAUGAUCCUAAGUGCCCCUUUAAAUACAAUAACUUUGUGUAUCGCAUCUCUCUGCCGUCUCCACUCGACAAAGAGAAUGGUGCCUGGCACAAGCCCGGUUGUGUGGCUAUUCCUUCCGGCGUUAGUGAUCUGAUCCUUCGUCUGACAAACUCUGACGCUACAUCUAUGGGAGCAGCGAAUCGCGUCGAGAAUGAGGUUGCUAUGAUGACUCUAGCCGCUGCUGCGCUAGACCCAAAUUUCGAGCCCCGCGUUGUGCCUCGCCUGUAUGGCUGGGCUGGAACCACAUCUAAAAAAGGGGAGCCACAGCAAGGUUGGAUCCUACAGGAGCUCAUGCCAGGCGUUCCCCUAGACGAAAGGCUAGAUAACAUGGAACUCGAGGAGAAGAAAGAAAUAUUUGCACAGAUCGCAAAGCUCCUUAAAGGCCUUCAGGACUUCCCGCUACCCGCCUCUAUUACUAAAUUUGGAGGACUUACAUUUGAUAACGAGAACAACAUAAUCAGUGCACCAAUGACCACCACCAGUACUGGUCCCUGGCCCUCGUACGAGGCUGCAUUUGAAGCACGGCUUAAGCAAGCUCCGAAGAAAACCGACGAGAAUCCUUAUAUCCAGGGCUGGCAUGAGAAUGGCGUCCCCGGUUGGAGGCCUUUAUAG